AUUUAUUUAUUUAUUUUUCCUUGAUACCCAUUCAUAUCCACAAACUUGUAUACAUAUCAACUAACAGAUGAGAGACGACCAUUCUACUUCUCAUUCUCUCUCUAAUCACACACACAUAUUAGAUUCCAAUCACACACACAUAUUAGAUCAAUGGAUUCGCCACACCCACACGUGCUCCUCGUAACUCUCCCAGUCCAAGGCCAUAUCAACCCAUCACUCCGCUUCGCAAAGCGGCUCUUGAGUAUGGGCAUUGAAGUCACCUUUGCGACGAGCGCCCACGCCCGACAACGGAUGGAGAAAACCCCUAUCGGCCUUUCCUUCGCCCUCUUCUCUGACGGCUUCGACGAUGGACCAAGACGACCACAAGAAGCAUAUGUCCGAGAUAAAGAACCAAGGCUCCCGGGCCCUCAGGGACACCAUUCUCAAAGCCUCCGAUAUGGGCCGACCCGUGACGUGCCUCGUCUACACUCUCCUCCUCCCGUGGGCCUCUAACGUGGCCCGAGAGUUCCAAAUCCCCUGCGCCCUCCUCUGGAUCCAGCCUGCCAUUGUUCUCGACUUGUACUAUUACUAUUUCGAUGGCGCGUUUGGCGAUAUUAGCAGCGACAGCGUUCGCCUGCUGGGGCUCCCGCAUAUCACCUUCUCCAAGAGGGACCUUCCCUCCUUUGUUUCUCCUUCCACCUCGGAUAUGUACGGUUUAGUGCUCCAGGCCUUCAAGGAGCAGUUCGACGCGCUGGAUGCCGAGACGAGGCCGAAGGUUCUAGUCAACACGUUCAACGCGCUCGAGCCCGACGCGCUCCGCGCCGUCCAACUCUACGAAAUAAUCGGCAUGGGCCCGCUCGUGGACGCUGAUGAUCGGCCCUCCCUGGAGAAGGCGCAGAUGGAGGAGAUCGCGAGGGGGCUGCUCGGUUCGGGCAGGCCGUUCCUGUGGGUGGCACGGGAGUCGGUGGGGUGGGUGGAGGAGCUUGUUCGGGAGCAGGGGAAGAUUGUGGGGUGGUGCCCGCAGAUGGAGGUGCUGGGGCACGGGUCGGUGGGAUGCUUCGUGACGCACUGCGGGUGGAACUCGACGCUCGAGAGCUUGUGGUGCGGGGUGCCGGUGGUGGGGUUGCCCGUGUGGUCGGACCAAGGGACGAACGCGAAGAUGAUUGAGGAGGAGUGGGGGACUGGGCUCAGGGUGGGGCCCGGGGAGGACGGGAAGGUGUCCGGGGAGGAGAUCACGAGGUGUAUCGAGAGGGUAAUGGAGGGAGGGGAGAAGAUGAGGGAGAAUGCGGGCAGGUGGAAGGGUCUGGCGAGGGAGGCCGUGGCUGAGAAUGGAUCAUCCUAUAGGAAUUUUAAGGCCUUUUUCAAGGAGUUGGAGAUGGGGCAUUUGAGUGAUUAG